UUCUCUGAACAGGUGGUGAGACGUAGAGAGAGAGAGAGAGUUUAGAGAGAGAGAACUGUUAAACAGAGAAAUCAACAAGAAGAAGAGGGGAUUCCGACAGGGUCUCACCGGAAAUAGCGCGGGGUGACAGGGAGUGCCUGUUCUUCGGGUUCUGGGCAGCCUGGGUGGUGUUCCGACAUCCUCGUCGGCGCUGUCUGUGCUGUUUUCCGGCGAGGAGAGAGUUGGUUUGCUGUGAGGAAGACUACGGGGCUCUGUUUUCAACGUGGGGGCUUGCUGUGAGAAUGGGUUUGGCCGCAAGGGUGCUGCUGGUUUGAUGAAGGGAAUAUUGUGAGGGAAAAAGAGAGGAUUUAUGGGAGGGUUUUGGAGCGUGAAUUGGCUACAAAUUAGGAAACUCUUCCAACUAGAGUCAACACUGAGAGGUAUAUGGGCGUGAAGAGGGUGGAAGAAUAAUAAAAAUAAUAAUUAUAAGCCCUAACUUAGGACCCUUAUGUUACACUUGGGUUUCGGUUUCAAGAGUCUCCAAGGCGUUUUUGUCUCGACUUUCCAUACCCGAACCACUUUUUUACUUGCUCCAAAAGGGUCUGAUUGGAUUCUGCAAUGUCUGUGCCUCAAGCCGGUAAACUUGGACUUCCUUUGAUGAAUCUUGUCAGGUUCAAAGGUUUACCUAUUUUGAAGCAAUUGCAUUUGGAGGAGCGGCUGCUUCGAACGUCCUCAGACAAUUGGUGCAUUAUUAACGACGGAACCAAUCAACCUACUAUUGUCAUGGGCAUAUCAGGGAAGCCUGCAGAACUUCUCGAAAUUGAAUCUGUGUUAUGUGAUCAGAUUCCCGUCAUAAGAAGGUUUACUGGGGGAGGUACCGUCCUUGUUGAUCCUGGCACGGUAUUUGUUACUUUCAUAUGCAACAAAGACGCUGUUCCUGGCUUGCAACCAUAUCCUCAACCUAUUAUGUCUUGGAGCGGGCAGUUAUACAACAAAGUUUUCCAAGGAAUUGGGGAUUUCAACCUUCGUGAAAAUGAUUAUGUAUUUGGUAACCGCAAGUUUGGUGGAAAUGCUCAAUCAAUUACCAAAACCCGAUGGAUCCACCACACAUCUUUUUUAUGGGACUAUGAAGUCAAGACCAUGGCUUACUUGAAACUUCCUGCCAGAGCUCCUGAAUAUCGACUGGCAAGGAGCCAUUUGGAAUUUAUAUGCCGCAUGAAGGACUAUAUGCCAAGAUCAACAUUCAUUGACAAAACCGAAGAGGCAACUGAUACCCACUUUUCCCUAAGAUCAAGAGAGUCAGAAGACAUUGAGACUCUUCCAAAUAUACAAUUUUCUCCCAUAACCAGGCCAUUGACAAAGCGGGAAUUGGAAGCAGCAGCUUUGGCUUCUCCAUCUGAGGGUGCAUUCUCUCAUUCUUCUUCAUUGUGAUAAUAAAUGCUAAAAUGUCACCUGUGAGUUUUUUUGUUGCUGUUGAAUUUCUUUUCUUUUAUUUUUUAUUCAAUUCAAGGUUCAUACAAGUUUUAAUUGUUUGAUAUCACUAAUGAUUCUAUUACCAGAAUAAGCUAUUGGCUUUA